UCUAGGGGCAGUAGCGGGUUGAUCGCAGAUGCAUGUUCGGUGCGCUAAGUACUGAGAACACACCCGCGGAGAGGACCCGGAGCACGGAGCCGGUCGGGAAUCUGAAUUACUUACAGGAGGCUUGUUUUUCCACUUUGGGCUCCUGGGCGCCCUCCCACUCCUUCAGCCUGGGUCGGGUCUUUACAAUGCAGUGGCCGGGAUCGGAGUCAGACCAGUGAGCACUGCUUGGGAUCGGAGUCCGCCCGCAACAGCUUCUCAACAGCUGGAUCACCAGUGGCGCCGGAGCCGUCGCUGCACCGAUUCCUCCGUUUAGCGGACACGGCGCGGGGGGUGUCCCCUUAGAUGAAGCCCCACUGCUGCGGGGAGAUGAGGCAGCGGAAAGAAUGAGCAGACAUUGGCAAGACACAGUCCAGAAGCCGCAGCCAUCCUCCCGAAAGAGCAUUAAAGGCAUGAGAAAUGAGUGUUGGAAGGAGAAGGUUAAAAUUGGUGGGGCUCCUUACGAUGGUAAAUUUCUUCAUUUAUGUCAUUGUGGAAGUAUCAAAAAGCGACAGCCAAGACAAAGAUUCAAAAGGGCAACUCCUAAUACCCCGAGACAAAUUCUGGAAAAAGCGUUCCGCGAGUAGUGCUUACUGGAACAGAGAACAACAGAAGCUGGACAGAUUGUAUAAUCCAAUCCUGAACUUGCUUAAUAAUGUUACCGUGGAGGAUCUGGUAGCAUUCAACUCAAGCCUUUUAAAUUCCUGUGACAUGGAUACAAGUGUCCAGUCCGAGAUUAAAGACUUUGAGAACUUGCCAGAUAGAUUUAAAGAUUUUCUUUACUAUUUAAGAUGUAAGAACUAUUCUUUGGUGUUGGACCAGCCCCAAAAGUGCAAAGACAAACCUUUCUUGCUCCUAGCCAUCAAGUCCCUGACACCGCAGUUUGAUCGAAGGCAAGCCAUACGGGAGUCUUGGGGCAAAGAGCUGAAAAUAAAUAACAUGACUGUCGUGAGAGUGUUCCUACUAGGAGAUACACCGACAGAGGACAAUAACCCUGAUCUUUCAGGUAUGGUGAGGUAUGAAAGUGAAAAGUACAAAGACAUUCUCCUUUGGAAUUAUAGAGACACAUUCUUUAAUUUGACACUCAAAGAAGUCCUUUUCCUCAAAUGGGUUAGCCAUUCCUGCGCAGAUGUCCAGUUCAUUUUUAAAGGAGAUGAUGAUGUGUUUGUGAACACCCAUCAGAUCCUGGAUUACUUGAAGACAUUAUCUGCGGACAAAGCCAAAGAUUUAUUUAUAGGAGAUGUAAUCAAGGAUGCCGGCCCUCACAGAGAAAAGAAGCUGAAAUACUACAUUCCUGAAAGUUUGUAUGAAGGUUCUUACCCUCCGUACGCUGGGGGUGGUGGCUUCCUUUACUCUGGCAGUAUAGCACUGAGACUUCACAACGCAACCUCCAGGGUCUUACUGUAUCCCAUUGAUGAUGUGUAUACUGGAAUGUGCCUUGAAAAGCUUGGACUUGCUCCAGAGAAACACAAAGGAUUCAAGACCUUUGACAUUGAUGAGAAACACAAGAAAAACAUUUGUUCUUACUCAAACCUAAUGUUGGUACAUCCCAGGAAGCCACAGGAAAUGAUUAGGAUUUGGUCCCAGUUACAAGACUCUAACUUAAACUGUUGAAAAUGUUGAAGACGAUCUGUGCCUCUCAAAGGGUAUCUAAUAUUGCACUGCAGAUGUUGGGAGGGCUCAAGCUAACUGUUAUUGUCUCGGUCACACUGAAUGUUUCCAAAGACUUUGUCCGCUAUGUGUAUUUAAGUCCUUAAUAGCAAAAGUCUUCUGUG